GAACGACCUCCCCAGCCGGAACUUCACAGGCCUUCAUUCUGUGGUGAUCACUAGGCUGUCGUGAAGGGGUUCUAGUUGGGCUCGACUUCCAGACAUCAAAUGCUGGCCUUGUUGAGUAAUUGUGCUCAACACAUAGAAGCUAGCCUACUUAUGUCGUGAAUAUCGGAAGAGAGGCAGCGAGGGCAGCCCGAACAUGUUGCCACUUAUCCAAACAUCCAUGACACGAGUGCACGUACUCUAUGCCGCCUCUUUGUUGAUUUGUCUCAUCUACAUCUUCGCUCUACCGGCGCCAGGCCGACCGAAGUUCGAUUGGAUCGACAGGUUUCGUUACAAGUCUACAGGCAAUGACGGUGAGACAUGGAACACAGCCAGCAGCAAGGAUGCGACGUCUUCCUCCUCCCCCGAGAACGGCCGGCAGCCAUGGGUUCCUCCCGAUGCGACAGACUUGGACGAAUCCAGGGUGCGAAAUCUCGACCCGUAUAUUCUGGCCAUCAUGAACCCCGACAAUACAUCUAUCGACCGCCUCUCUUGUCCGAUGUUCGUCCCGGACAGGUACGAAGCCCUACAUCAAUCCCGCACCUCAAAAAAGACACAAGACUCGGACGAUAUGUCCGUCAAGCAUUACUUCUUUGCCCUGAAUCUGUAUCAAAGCGCACAUAUCCUUCCACGCUUACUCAGCUCCGUUGUGCAAGCACUCGAGUUCCUCGACCCAGAAGACUGCGUUCUGUCGAUAGUCGGCGGCCGCUCGAACGAUGGGACAACGGAGAUCCUCGGCGCCAUCAGAGACCAAAUCGAAGCACUCGGCGUAAGCUACUACUUCAGCACAAGCGACAUCGACCCCCUGGAACCUGGACACGACCGCGUCACCGAACUCGCUCGUCUACGCAACCUAGCGCUCGACCCCCUCGUUCAACAACCCGAAUUGUACUCCGCCGACAAUACGACGGUCGUCUUCCUUAACGACGUGGCGAUUUGCGUCGACGACAUUCUCGAGCUAGUCUAUCAGAGGACCAAGGCGCUGCAAGCCGACAUGGCCUGCGCCAUGGACUGGAAGGAUGAUGGCCACGUCUUCUACGACUCUUGGGUCGCCCGAGGGCUCAAUGGCGACUUGUUCGUGGAGAUCCCUCAAUCCGGGGCCUGGGACUUUGUCAGAAACGUCUUCUGGAACGACCCGGCUUCGAAGGCACGACUCGAGGCAAAGCUGCCCGUACAAGUCUACGCGUGCUGGAAUGGCGCCGUCGCCUUCAACGCUGCGCCUCUUUUCAAGCACAACAUUAGAUUCCGGGCGUCAUACCAAAACGAGUGCUACUCGGGCGAGCCGACAUUGUUCUGCAAAGACAUGUGGAAGCUCGGGUACACUCGCAUUGCAGUGAUUUCGAGCGUCAACCUCGGCUAUAGCGACGAGCAGGGACGCAUCGUGAAAGCAGUUCAAGGUUAUACAACGGACAAUAUCCGCCACGCCGAGAAAAUAUCGGGCAACUCCACCAAUAUCGACUGGAGGUCAGCGCCUCCCGAGCUGGUCAAGUGUCAACCGGACUGGCAUCACCCUUCGUGGGUGGAAUGGGAUGAACCUGCAGCUAAGCAGCAACUUCCCUUCGACUGGUCCAAUUCCGGGUAUUUUAAUGCCAGGAAAGAUUCUGACGAUGAAAGUCACAACACGCCGGGGUAAUGCAACUGGCCAGGAGACUAGAGCAGCGACAAAUAUGAGCGUAAGAACAAAGCACUCGAGAUCAAAGCGCUCGAAAAGAUGUAUGAAGGCAAUCCAUAUCGCGUACAUUGAGGGAUUCGAAGCGGGUAACGUCGUCGCCAUGAUAUUACUCGGAGUGUUUCCACUUGGUCUCAACAUACAGCUUUUCUCCCCUCUACGAUCAAGGAGGCAGUCAUCGCUCCGGUCAUCUGUUGCGGUCUUGCCCUCUUCAGGUCGCACGAAAAGAAGUGAAGGGCCACUGGUGCGUUCGCCAACAAAGCCAUCCUCUGCAGCGGAGACUGGUUCCGUUGAGAGACGUCUGAGUAUGAUAAGUCUGAACCAAACGUUCUUUGCUCUGGCAUGCGAAAGGUUGACAGGGAACAUCAACGGCUGAGUUGGCAGGGAUAAGACAUGGCGCACGGUGUCUAGAGGACUGUUAACCACAUUAUGCGCAUCCUAGUAGUCAUCGAC